AUUCGUAGUCAAGCGCCUUGCCAUUGGGCCACGCACCCGUUUUUGUUUAAGAGACAUCUCUGCUACAAUAUAUUUUUGCGGAUCACGAGCAUGACGGCGAUAAGCUUGGCGAUCGGCGUUAUCCCCGACACAGCAAGACAUUUUUCCUUCGGCUUCAUCUUUUGCGCCUGCCUGUAGCAAGCAGAUAUCGAAUAGAGUCAACUGCCAAACAUGGCCACCACACUCGUCAAAUCGCUCACCUCUGAGCCGCACACAUUUCUGCAACCGCCAACAACAUUACACACAUCGUCGCUCGAUUUUCUGAAGAAGACACUCGACCCGAUCGCCAAAAACAUCGCCGAGACACAACAACAGCGCUUGCAAGAGGCCCGCAAGAAGAGAAAGCGUGGACAACAUAACGAUGAUGAGGAGAUUUUGCGCUUGAGGAAGGUCCACGUUGACGGAUUCGCUGUCGACCAGGUCUGGGAACAAGCAAGGCGCAUCAUCGACGCAGCGAGGAAAGAGGCCCAGCGCAACUUUGAUGAGCUUGCCGAGAAGUAUGCUAUCGACGAGUCAGAGGAAGAGAGUGAGGGCGAGGACGGUGAAGGAGUCUCAGAGGAUGGCGAGAGCGAAAUUGGCGAAGAGGGGAUCGACUACGAAGUCGAGGGUGAGGAUGUAGACGGUGAAGACGAGGAAGAUGAGGAUAUGGAAGUUGAUGGCGAAGUCGAUGACUACGAGGAGUCAGACAUCGAAACCGACGGGGACGUCGAGAUGGGCAGUGAAGGCGAGUCCGAGGCAGAAAGCGAAGAAGCAGCCGAAUACGUGCCCGACCCGCACGGCCUGAACGACGGCUUCUUCUCCAUCGACGACUUCAACAAACAAUCAGAGUUCCUCGAACAAGCAGAUGCCCGCGGAGACAACGAUUUUGAAGACGACGAUGAGGAGGGCGUCGACUGGGGCUCCAAUCCUCUAGGUGCUAGUGCUACCAUCUCGAAGGGGGCUCAGAACGACGACGCAUCAGACGACGAGGACGGUCCCACAUUCGGCAACGUCGACUUGAACGCUCCGGAAGGCUUCAGCGACAACGAGGAAGAGGUUGAGGAAGGUGAGAUGGACGGUAUGGGCUCUUUGUCAAACACAAACGAGGUCAAGUACGCAGACUUCUUCGCCCCGCCUGCCAAAAAGGUCCGCCCAAACAAGAGGGGACGUCCCAACCCCCACAACUUCCCUGCGAAGCAACCUUCACCUAGUGGAGCCGAUGAGCCUGCAGAGAACGAAGAAGAGAUGGAACGUACCAUGGAGAAGGUCCAUCGUGACUUGUUCGACGAUGUAUCAGAUGAGGAGGAGGAUGAGGAGAAUCUUGAUCCUGCCGACCCUCGCUCUCGCCGUUCAGCGCACGAGCGCCGCCAGACUGCCCUCACAGAAGAGAUCCGACGCUUGGAAGCCGCAAACGUUGCUAAGAGAGACUGGACUCUCUCUGGUGAGGCUCGUGCUGCUGACCGUCCCAUCAACUCUCUACUCGAAGAAGACCUCGAGUUCGAGCGUGUCGGUAAGCCCGUACCAGUCAUCACUGCCGAGAUCAGUGAGAGUCUGGAAGAGCUCAUCAAGCGUCGCAUUCUGUCAGAGGACUUCCAAGACAUCAUCCGCCGUCGUCCUGAUGACCUGGCUACUGGUAGCUCAAGCAGACGCGGGCGUCUUGACUUUGAGCUCGAUGACAGCAAGAGCAAGAAAUCCCUUGCCGAAAUGUACGAGGAGGAACAUCUCAAGGCUACGGACCCCAACUACGUCGAUGCAAAGGAUGAGAAGACACAGAAGGAGCAAAAGGAGAUCGAUGCCUUAUGGUGCGAUAUCAGCAACAAGCUCGACAGCCUCAGCUCCUGGCACUUCAAGCCCAAGGGUCCCGCUACACAACUCGACAUUCGUGUUGACGCACCAGUCGUUCGUCUCGAAGAUGCUCGUCCCACCGCCGGAGCAGAAGCCGCCACUGCCUCGCAACUCGCACCGCAAGAGAUCUACAAGGCAGGCGAGGCGGCCGAGAAGGCAGAGGCCGAGCUUGCUACUCGUGGCGGUCUGGUCGUCAACCGCGAGGAGAUGAGCAGAGAAGACCGCAAGCGUCGCCGCAGACGUGACAAGGAGCGCGAGAAGAAGUCACUCGCCAACAUCGACCCCAACAAGAAGGAGAGCAAAAAGUCAAGGGAGAGAAGGGGCAUCAUCAGCGACCUCAAGAAGGGUGGUGUCAAGGUCAUUGGCAACAAGGGACAGCUUACGGAUGUUUCUGGUGCUGCUGUCAAGGAUGCCCAGGCUCCUUCUGCUGGUGGUUCUUACAAGUUGUAAGAUGCUUGUCGCAUAUGUCUAUAUUUCAUCCCUGUUUCACCUGUUCAAUACCACAUUUUCAUUAUUUUCCAACACAGUAUUCUUCGAUCGCUAUAGGUCAGUGUCAUGCGCGUCGAUGUUGACAUGACCUGUUAUGCCGAGAUCUCAUUUGCGACUGAGAGUUGUCCAAGUAAGCUUUGCGACCUAUCU